GAGUUGUCCCUUCCUUCUCCUCUUCUCUUAUAAAGUAUAUCAUUACAUUACUUCUAACAUAAGUUGUACUAACCGAAUAUUUUCAUGGAGGACUCAAACAAGUUGGAGGAGGGGUUCGGACCGGGCCCACAACUCGCAAGCAAAAAUGAACAGCUUGACGGGGAGAGAGGUGCUGCUCAUGAUGUCAGCAUUGAGGCUGAGACUAAGGGCACGACGACGUCAGAGGGGCCGCCACCGAAGAGCAAGAGAGUUGCGACGUUGGAUGCCUUUAGAGGGCUCACAAUAGUGUUGAUGAUACUCGUAGAUGAUGCUGGAGGGGCGUACGCACGCAUUGACCACUCGCCAUGGAAUGGCUGCACGCUGGCAGACUUCGUUAUGCCCUUCUUCCUCUUCAUUGUGGGAGUCGCCAUUGCUCUUGCCCUCAAGAGGAUUCCGAAGGUCUCGUUUGCGGUUAGGAAGGUGAUACUAAGGACAUUGAAGCUCCUGUUUUGGGGAAUUUUGUUGCAAGGAGGAUAUUCUCAUGCACCGGAUGAUUUAUCGUACGGAGUUGAUAUGAAGGUGAUCAGAUGGUGUGGCAUUCUCCAGAGGAUAGCGUUGGUCUACUUCAUCGUGGCCCUAAUCGAAAUUCUGACCACGAAGAUCAGGCCGACUACUCUAGAACCUUCUCUGUUAUCCAUUUUUUCUGCCUAUAGGUGGCAAUGGUUGGGUGGAUUUGCAGCAUUUGUGAUCUACAUGGUUACGACGUUCUCUCUCUACGUUCCUGACUGGAGUUUCGUGUUGCACGAGCACCACAAGACAGAAAGAUACUAUGUAAAAUGUGGGAUGAGAGGGCAUUUAGGGCCUGCUUGCAAUGCAGUUGGUUAUGUGGACAGACAAGUCUGGGGGAUUAAUCAUCUUUACUCUGAUCCAGUUUGGAAGCGGUUAAGGGCUUGCACUUUCAGUUCACCUAGUUCUGGUCCACUGCGCAAGGAUGCGCCUAGUUGGUGCCGGGCUCCAUUUGAACCCGAAGGGCUGUUGAGCUCGAUUUCAGCUAUCGUGUCUGGCACAAUUGGGAUUCACUAUGGCCAUGUUCUAAUCCAUUUUAAGGGUCAUGCUGAGAGGCUUAAGCAUUGGGUGUGUAUGGCUGUUGUUUUGCUAGUAGUGGCCUUAAUUCUUCAUUUUACAGAUGCUAUUCCCAUCAACAAGCAGCUUUAUAGUUUCAGCUAUGUUUGUUUCACUGCUGGUGCAGCAGGCAUUGUAUUCUCCGCCUUCUACAUACUGAUUGAUGUUUGGGGAAUGCGGACCCCGUUUUUGUUCCUGGAAUGGAUAGGGAUGAAUGCAAUGCUGGUGUUCGUCAUGGCGGCUCAGGGAAUUUUCGCGGGAUUUGUAAAUGGAUGGUAUUUCAAGGAUUCUGAUAACAAUCUGGUGAAUUGGAUUCAGGAGCAUGUUUUCAACAAUGUGUGGAAAUCAGAGAGAGUGGGAACUCUGUUGUAUGUAUUGUUUGCUGAAAUCACAUUCUGGGGAGUGGUCUCUGGCAUUUUGCACAAACUUGGUAUCUAUUGGAAAUUGUGAAAACAUUACUCUAAUCUUAGGUGCAUUUUGGAGCCAUGUUUAAAUGUUCAACAAAUCGGUAUUGUAUAUUUCUAAUGUGGUA